GGAUUAAAUGGGUUGCUGUUAACCUCGCUGAGUUCCCUGACAGGUUCAUGUCCCCACAGCGAAGCCAAUCCAGUGCAGUUGCUGAGCCGAAGUAGAGGAAAAGACGCCUUCCCACUUCCUUAAAGCCCCAGCUAAUUGUCCAAGCUCCGGUCUGCCAGGUAGUUAGUGUUGCGAAACCGUGUGUCUGACAGACAAACCCAGUUCAUCGAUGAACACAGACAAAGACAUGCUAUGCUGGCCUCACAAGCUAAUGUUAUGCUAGCUGUUGUUUCCGUGGUUACCAGCGCUAGCUUCUAUGUCGUUAGCUUAGCCACCUAGCAUACAUGGUCAGCUAUCAGUCUGUGCUCGAGUACACACCUUGAUCGGUUAGUUAAGAUAAACAAUACCGUAUCAUUUGUUUCGCAACCUAACACGUCUGCACCAAAAAUACUGCGCAUGUUUCUUGAAGUGACAUCACUAAGAGUAAAUAGUGUGGUAUGAGGAAGAAGUACACAGAUGGUGUUGCAAUAACCUGAUGAUUGUUCGCCAGUUUACCUGCAGAGCUGUUUUAUUUGCCCACUUGAGAAAACCUGGGGGCAGACAAGCCAUGGCUAGACCAAGCUCAGAUCUGGCAGCAUUCAGGGAGAUUUUCUCCAAAGCCAAGAAUAUCGCCAUCAUCACUGGAGCAGGGGUGAGUGCGGAGAGCGGAGUUCCUACUUUCAGAGGAGCGGGAGGCUACUGGAGAAAAUGGGAAGCACAGGAACUGGCCACGCCUGAAGCCUUUGCCAGAAAUCCCUCACGUGUUUGGGAGUUCUACCACUACCGGCGUGAGGUCAUGCUCACAAAAGAUCCCAAUCCCGCUCACCUGGCCAUCGCUGAGUGUGAGGAGCGUCUGAGCAAACAAGGGCGCAAGGUCACCGUCAUCACGCAGAACAUCGACGAGCUCCACCACCGAGCUGGAUCCAAAAACAUCCUGGAGAUCCACGGAAGUCUGUUUAAAACACGUUGCAUGACCUGUGGCCAUGAAGCAGCCAACUACAAGAGCCCUAUUUGCGCUGCCCUCGAGGGCAAAGGAGCUCCGGACCCAGACACGCGAGAUGCUGAGAUCCAAGUCCAGAAUUUGCCCAGGUGUGAGCAGACAGGCUGUCACGGUCUCCUUAGACCAGCUGUGGUUUGGUUUGGAGAGACUCUGGAUGCUGACAUCCUCACCCGUGCAGAGAAAGUGUUGGACAGCUGUGACCUCUGCCUCGUGGUCGGUACUUCAUCCGUCGUGUAUCCUGCAGCCAUGUUUGCUCCUCAGGUGGCAGUCAGAGGCGUCCCUGUGGCUGAGUUCAACAUGGAAAACACUCCCGCCACCAUGCGCUUCAAGUUCCACUUCCACGGCCCCUGUGGGACCACCUUACCCCCUGCACUGGCGCGCCAUGAGACUGAACAAGAAUGAAAAAAAAAACACGACUCCUGGAAUGUUGGCUUUACAGAGACCGGGUUGUCUUAAACCAGAAACGUUUACUGGUAGUGCCAAGAAAAUUGGUUUCUGUGUGACGAGCAACAGGCGUGAAGGAUGUGAAGACGAGGCCAACAAAUUAUCUGUCACACAGAUAACACGUUUAAGAAUUUGACUAUAUUAUCAAUAUGUGCACACAGCUGUAAGAGUUUGCUGAUUGAGUGGCUUCUGGUUUCUAAUUAUUAGGCUGUGAUGAGAGUAACUGAUUUAAUUGUCAUCAGGUUGUAGCAGAUAUUGCAGUAAUGCCAAAUCACCCCUAUUUGAUGUCAGCAAUGAUUUGUGAGUUUGUUUGUUGUUGGGGUUUUUUUUUUUUUUGGGGUAAAAAUGAGUUGCUGAAAAAGAAAAGGAAGACAGUGGAAAGCAAUGAUAAAUGAUUAAAUACCAUAACCAACGUCAUCACUCAUUGGGCAAUGAAAGGCUUUUGAUUGCCUGACAAUAGGGGGCAGUGUUUAGCUACCUCAGCUAAAGCCUGGUGGUUGGUCUCCAAAAAAAAAACAACUCCUAAAGGAUUUUUGAGCUUUGCCUGGGAUAUGUGGGGCUUGCGUAUGUUGAUGCUGUGUGAAUUUAGAGACUGUGAGGAAUGGUGUGCAUAAUACCUUCCAGCGGCUACGAGUGUGCUCCUGUUAAAGCCGGGACAACGGAGACUGUGUGUUACCUCAAGCAGUCGUGGGGACACACAAUGCACACGCGAGUGCUCAUGAAUGAUUUGUCGCAUGUAUGUUAAUAUUUUCACACUAUCAGAACAGCUUGUGGAAAUUUGAAUGAUUCAAAUAUUGAAGUGUCUCACCAAAGCUUCCUGUGUGGAUCUAACAUACUGCACGAGUUUCAAGUAAUGCAGCAGUGUGAAUGGCGAAAGAUCAGAGAGUUUAUACUACCGCAGUGUAAUGGGUGAUGUUCUGCUUUCUGAAAACAUCUCAAAGAUGAGAUUGUGCCUGACACUUGGCUGCUUGGCCACAGCUAGCACAACCUCUCUCCAUUAUCAUCACUGAAGCAUAAAUACACAAUGUACACUAGUGGAGUCCAGUUUGAAUUUCUGUGUAUUAUUACUUAUCGCACCUGAUCUUUGCAAGAUCUGAAGAUCAUCAGCAAUUAUUUGAAAGGAGUGAAAUUAUAAACAUCAAGAAAUUAUUGAUGUACAUAUUUAUGUUCUAUUAUCAAAAAUAUCAACAAAAAUAAUAUAAUAUGUACUCAUUACAGCGAAUUGGAAUAUAUAUAUAUGUGUGUAUAUAUAUAUAUAUAUAUAUAUAUAUAUAACUGAAUUAUAAAUUUGUCACAAGUUCCCAAAAUUGCUACACUGACUCCAUAGAAUACACCCCACUCUAAUAUGGAUUAUGAAAAAUGUAGACCACACACACACACACAAACAGUCAAACUGGAAAUGAACAUCAACAUCCAGUUUGUAUGAAAAUGUACAGUUCUGUGUAAAAGUCCUGCGCUAUCUGCCAUGUCUUUAUAUUUUGCUAGGAAAAUGAAAAAUGGGUGCAGCAAAUUAUUGAAAUGUGCACAAAAAUAAAGUGUAUAUGCUUGUACAUUUCCAACAA